AUGGAUGAAGGCCAGGGAGUUAGGUACUGGUGCCACAGGUGUGAGGAGGUGAUAGAUCCUAUGCCUGAGAUGAAGUGCCCAAGCUGUGAGGGCGGGUUCGUGGAAGAGAUGGGCUCUGAAGGCUUCGAACCAGCUAUGAACUCAAGGUCUGAUCGCUCCCUCUCUCUAUUGGCUCCACUGCUGUUUGGUAUGUUGGGGGGUUCGUCGCGCAGAUCAAGACUCAGGAGGGAGGCCAUGGCCGACGAUGAUGCUGAUGAGGAUGACGAAGAGGAUGAUUCAGACCAUGAGCUUGAAGCUUCCAGUAGGAGACAGAGGAGGAGGGGCUUGUCAGCGCUUUUGAGGAUGCUCCAGACUAUCCGUGACCGUGAUGACGUAAGGGGCUCGGAUGACACUGACAGUGAUACAGAGAGAGACCUGGAGCUGGAGAGAGCGAGAAGGGAGAGGAUGGAGAGGCGGAUGGCAAGGGAGAGGAUUCAGGAGCGGAUGGAGAGGCAGAGAGAGAGGGCAAGGCAAAUUGAGAGAGUGAGUGCUCGUGGCAGAGAGAGGACAGAAAGCCUAAUACUGAUCAACUCCAACAAUGAGGCUAUUAUUCUGCAAGGAACAUUUGGAUCUGAUGACAAUCAAGAGGACUCGAGCAACACAAGUUCUGGUGUGUCACUUGGGGAUUACUUUCUUGGUCCUGCCUUAGAUACUCUCUUGCAGCGUUUGGCGGAGAGUGACCUCAAUCGUUCUGGCACACCACCUGCCAAGAAGGAAGCAGUAGCUGCGCUGCCAACUGUGAACAUCGAGGAAGUGUUGGGCUGUUCAGUCUGUCUUGAGGAUUUUGAGAUGGGAGCAGAAGCAAAGCAGAUCCCCUGUCAGCAUAAGUUCCACUCCCACUGCAUACUUCCGUGGCUGGAGCUCCACAGUUCUUGCCCAAUCUGUCGAUUUCAGUUGCCUACUGAGGAGACGAAGAACCCAUGUGAAUCAGCCAGCACUGCAGGGGCCGUCAACAGAGAUGGAGACAAUGCUGCUGCAAGCAGUAGUGAUACAGAAAGUAGUAACCGCAAUGGAGACAACCAUUCUGAUAGUCCUAUCUUCUCUGCUCUGAGCACACUCUUCUCUGAUCCAUUCUCAUCUGAUGAUGAUGAAAGUGUUCCGCACUCUUCUGAGAACUGA